GUUCAUUGUAAUUACUCAAGUCCACAGAGCAUAGAAUAGGUAUUUAUUUAGCCUAAUUUGUUACAUUGCGUCAUCUUGCAUUUGCAUUUUGCUACUUUAUUUGAAUAAAAUACCAACGUGAACCGUAUCAAUAAGAUAUAAGGUCUAUAUUUAGAUUUCUAGAGACACCUACCGUUGACAGUUCUGACCGAUCUCGCGAUAUCUCCCCUUAGCAACUGGAAUGUUUGUCCUGGAUACCAUAGCCUUGCUCGAUACAAGGAACCAAUUAAGAUUGCCAUUCAUAUGCAGUCUCCAGACAGAAACCAGCUCUGGUGCCCUAGCCAGUCUCUGUGGAGCCUGAUCGCUGAACAUGUUCCUGGGUCAGAGCUGCCAAAGAUCCGUACAGCACUGGGCCACUCCCUGGUUGACAUGUACACAGAGGUGCACUCUGAGGCGGAGAUGUGGCACAAGAUCUGGCAGGAGAGCCAGCAAGGAAACCAUAGCAGCAGGGCAGGCACCCCGCUCCCACGUCAGCAGGGCUCCCCUCUAGCUGACCCCCCUGCAGUCAAAGAGCUGGUGAGAGCCGAGGUCAAGAUAUUACUGCAGACUCUCAGAGAGAGAGCCAGCAGGGGGGGAAGAGAUGGUGAGGAGCUCUUGUUUCAGUACAAAUCUGAGACGGUGGACUACGCCCUGGGUCACCUUGACAGCUGUUACAGAAACUGUACCAACCAUGGAGAUACUGAUAAUGGAAGUAGACCAGGCUCUCAUUGUUCAGUCCAGUCCAAUGCUGAGGAUGAGAUUGAGGCAAUGAGAAACAAGCUGAAUAUUGCUGGCAUUGACCAAGUGGUGGACCACCUCAAGUCUGUCUUAAUGGAGGAAUGUGAAGUGUUGAACAGGCUGGUAAAACAUUUAAAGGGAAAUAUCAAACAAAAGUGUUGGAGUCAAUGUGAAUUUGAUAAAUCAGAACCUACGCUUGCAGAGUUGAGAGAGCUUAGAGGAGCUAUACAAAUGGACUUGGAGCUCUACCCCUCUUCGUUUGCUGCUUCACCGUCAGCUUCCUCCCCUCUCCCUUUGAAGGAAUUGAAAAACAGUUUCAGACUGUCAGCAGGACAAAGUGUUUCUGAUGAGACUCUGCAAGCUUUACAGUACAGCACUACAUCAGUCCUAAGGCCACAUCCACCUCCUCCUCGGUGCCAUACUAAACCCAGGCCACCGCUCGGUGCUCCUCCUAGCAAGACCUCUGCAUCAGUUAAACUAAUUAAUAGUUCUUCACUGUCUAGGACUCAUGGACAGCACAGAAGCACAUCAGCCUCCUCUGGACCUAGAAAAACACAAACGCCCAUCUGCAACAGGAUUACCACUUCUGGGCAUCUGAACAGCCAUUUCACCACUUCACUUCCAGGGCCUGGCAGUGACCAAAUAAUGCUUAAAACCCCAGACCACUGCAGUCUUUCUCCAGAGCAAGAUAGUGCUGGUCUCAACUGCAGGACCCAGGCUUCUAGUACUGGUUUUCAAAUAAAAACUCCAAGAAAUUCAACCAUCCAUGAAACCCAUCUAUCAUCCCAUCACAGUAUUCAGAGCCCGAGCAGAGAGUGUGAUUUGUCACCACAGAUGGAGAAAAAAAGCAGCCCUGCCUGGAGGUCAAGAAACAUCAAUACUAUCCCCUCACCCGUCCCUGCGCUCAGCCCUCACUGUGAUGCAGGCAGUUAUAGCAGCAAUAGUACUGACCAUUCUGUGUCAACGAAAAGGAAAUCAAAGACACAAAAUGAGCGACAGAAUAGUACCUGUGGAGGUAGUUUAGUGUCAGUAAGACAGCAGACAGAUAGUGACAGAAGGAAGAGUACUUCUGAGAGUGUUUGUUCUUGUUUUGGCAGUAGAAAGAGCAACAGUGGAAUUGAUAGAAAUAAAUCUUGGGAAGGAUGUCACCCAACAGCAAAGCCCAGUAGCCUCAGUUUGACAGAUCGCUCCUCACAUCACCCAAAAAGCCGUGAUACACAGGGGCAGGCCAUGUGCACCCAUCCAGCAUCUAUACGGAUAAAAGGACAAUUCUUUACUUCCCCUAGAAGACCACCCGAGGGCACCACAAGUCACCCAAAAAGUGUCCAAGAGGCACAGACAGAGCGGGAGUUCAUCAACAAGUUUUACCAGCCAGUCCCUCCUGCAAGGGUGUUAACUUGAAGUCAGCCAAUAAUUUCACAGCUGUGCCUGGUUCCUCGCAGGGUUUAUUCCAUAAAGCAUGAUUUAAAAUUAACUUGAACUCUCUACAGACAAGGAAAAGGACUCGAGUGUUUGUAAUUUUUUUGUAGUGCCUAUAUAUUUGAUAUAUAUAUAUAUAUAUAUAUAUAUAUAUAUAUAUAUAUAUAUAUAUUAUAUUUGUUAUAUUGAAAAAUGUGUUUUGUUAAGAAAGCUGGUUCACUGUCACUGUCAUGACUUACUGGGACAUUGGAAUACAACAUCGUUAUUGUGAUCAGUAACACCUGUGCUUCUCCUACUAUGACAAGUCAAAAUGUCUGCUGUGAAAAAAAGACCUACGUUACCAAAAGUGUUGGUAACAUCAUGGAAGUAAUACUAAAUGUUACCAGGGAUAUUAAUAAGUGAAAUCUGGCACAAUAAAUUAAAAUAUUAUUAAUAAUUAAAUUUAAAAAGUAAACACCAUAGACUACAAUGACAAUGACAUACAAUGUCACGUUUACAUAAUGAUUGUUAUUUGCUCCAAUAGUUUGAUCAGCAAAUUAGGCUUAAAGGACCUGCACGCCCACACAGUUCAAUUACUCUUGCUGAAUAGAUCUCUGCUCAGGCUGAAGAUAAUGAGGAGCUGUGCUGGGAACCAGAUGAUGUCACCAGAGUUUAUGUGCUAAUAAAAGUCAUGAAGGUGUUUGUCCUACUACCCUAACAGGUGCACAAAACAGAAAAGUCAGGGAGAUGUCAAUCAAGCACAGACUCUCUACACCUACAGACACCUGAGAGGAGGUCUAAUCAGCCAAAGUAACGCCUGUGUAGUUGAACUGUAGGUCUGUACGGGCUUUAAUCACAAGUCUAUCUUUAGGUUUAUAUUUAUUUAACCUAUAUGAGUUAACUGGGAAAAUUGUAUUUUCCUGUAUGGCCUUCUUUGUUUGUCAGUACCUUUCAAGUCAUCCCAGAACCUCAGACUUUAGACAGGUGCUCAAACAGAGAGGGGAGCAGAGCUUAGGCUGCUUUCUAUUAUAUUAUUGGCUAUAUUCAAGCUCCACAUUAUUUAUAUAAGACGUUACUAGAAGAUUAUGAUAGUACACUGAUAAGGAUUUGUGAUGCAGUUCAUAAACACUGGCUCUGUUCUCUCUCCAUUAAUGUACAGAUAUGUGUGGUGUGUUUAAAACAUGUGGACUGUAACAGAACAUGCACCACCCAACUUAUCCUCAAAAAAAUAACAAUACAUCUAAGACAUGUAGUGACUCUGCCAUACGCCUGUUAAUAAAGCGAGUGAAAACCUGG